AUGGAUAAAACUCCUGUGGAGGCUGAAUAUACAAGCGGCGACGAAGCCUCCGAUGACGACGAACCGCACAAAGAUGAUGUGGACGAAGAGGGAUUCACACGGCUCGACCACAUUACAAUCUGCGUCAGUUUCAGCGGCCUGGCGAUGCUCCUUCAUUCGUUCUUUAGUGUUGUGAUAUCCGGUUCUCAAGACAUCUUGGGAGGAACUUUUAUUCCUACCACCACAAUCCUCGCUUCGCAUGUAACAACGAUGGUGAUCAUCACUUCAAUUCUUCCCUGGUACAUGCAGAAAAUCCCUUACUUAUGGCGGACACUCAUUAUAUUCGCGGCUAUGGCAAGCGGGACAGUUCUUAUCAUCUUGGUCGACAACGUUUACGUCAAAAUUAUCGGAGUAUCUUUGAACGCACUUGCCCAUGGCUUGGGAGAGAUUUCAUUCUUAGCCCUAAGUGCUUUUUACGGAAAGUUCUCUCUUACUUCUUUCGCCGCAGGAAGUGGGGCAGGAAUACUUUUGGGGCCAAUUUAUUACACAGGUAAGUCAGAAAAUUAGGGGUUCUAUCAACGGGGAAUUUUAAGUUAGAUUGCUUGGAGUUCUGUAUAAGCGUUUGUUAGUGUUGUUAGAAUGUAGAAUUAACAAAGCACAGAUCACCCAAACGAAUAAAUUAGCCAAGUUACACCAUUUUCUUGUGAUACCGUCGGUAGCAGAUUAGGGAAAUGUUUUCGUACAUCAAAAUAACAUUCUUCAACAAAGCCCUAGUCACAAAAGUAGUCUAUCGCUUUCGCCAUGUGCAGUGUUUUCUAUCUAAGAACUAUAUUCAUUAUGAAGUAGGCGGCUGUGCGGAAAAUCUUGCUCAGAUUAACAUUAUCGCCCCUUUUGUUAUUUUAUUGUUUUUCACAUUGAAAAUUUACAUCAAAUUCUUCCUUCGACUGAAUUGCUUUUUCAACAAUCCUGUCGCCUCUUUAUUACAACUAACAGAGGAAAGACGGUAAAAAUUAUCUAAUUAAGUUAUCGCUGCUAUGCAUAUGGUACAAAUAUAGAUCGCUGUAAAGGUCAGACUAUAUGAUCCAUUCCUCUAGAAUUUUUUUACCUUUUUUACGGACACCGAUGUAUAUUGAUGUCCGGAAAAUAAAUCGAAAGACUUCCUCACCCUCUUUUGUGCCAAAAGUUAACUAGAUUGCGUAACAGAAUAGUCAGGAUCUGGAAAAGCUUCUGUCUUACCUCUCUGUUAGCGACGGUACAGCUUUCAAACUCAUAUCUGCUAUCGGAUGCAUCUGCCAGUCGUUAUUUAUCAGAUUUUAUCCUGUAGCCUCUAGCAGGUCUAAAAUGGUGACUCACUCACAACCAAAACACCGUGACAGUUCGAGAGAGAUGAGGAGGAAAAAAAACGAUUGAACAGGUGUACCUAUCAAAUGUAGUCUCAGGGGCAUUUUUCUGCUGCUUAGCUUCCAACGGAGUAGACUGUUCCAUGUUUAACGGCUUAGGCCUAAAAUAAACUCAGAGGCGUGAGGAAAAAAGCCAGCAGAACACUGAGAAUUCUUCCUUGUUAGAGAAGCCAAAGGAAGGCAAAGAAGGUUUUUUUGGAUAGGUCGGCACUGCCUUUUGGAGGUCGUAACAGUCAAAAUCUUCAUUGGCAUACUAAAAUGGUUAAUGUAAGUCUAUACUCGACGGCAGUAAAAUAAAUGUCUUCAAAAUAUUAUUUCGCAUCGAUCAAUUCUUUAGUAGCGUUCUUGGCUUUUUAACGAACUUUCUUUGAACUUUCUUUUGCCAGGAAUGACGUCAUGGUUUUGUGUGUCACCACAGAUAUCCCUGACAAUUAUUGCACCAGCCACACUUUUGAUCCUGCUAUUUUACUACAUACUUGACAAGGACCGCAUUAAGCCCUAUGCCUUACUGGAAAAAUACAACAAACUCAAGACCGCUGACUCCGAGUGCUCAGAUGACUAUCUUACCAAGGAGCAUUUUGGCCAUUUGUCUUGGGGUGAGAAGUGUACUGGUGCAUGUCAGAUCUUGCCCCUGAUGAUUGCUCUGUGCUCUGCCUACAUUGCACAGUACAUAACUAUUCACGCAGUCUUUACAACGAUCGCCUUCGAAGACGCUCCUUUUGCGCCAAGAGACCACUUUGUUUACUAUGUUCUCGUAAACGGUAUUGGCGAGUUUUUAUUUCGUUCCUAUUUAAGCGCAAUAGCGUGGUUCAAGCCAGUUUUAAUUCCUCGCUUCGUUGUAAAGCACACAUGGAUUUUCUCACUUCUUUUACUGGCUUUUAUGAGCCUUUCAGUAUGCGCUUCGUACUACCGAAUCUUUGACUCGGUAUGGUCGGUUUUGUUGAUCUGCUUUAUUAUUGGCUCGUUGUCAGGCUUCGUUUUUGCGAACACAGUCUGUGCAGUGCCCCUGAUUGUGGAACCGAAGUAUAGGGAAUUCUGCUUAGGACUGGUAACGAUUGGGGAAUCUGCGGGGGUCUUAUUCGCAAGUUUAGCAGGUCUUGCUGUGGAACCAAUUCUGAGAAAACAUUGCUCUCACAUAGCGAGCAAAACCGCUCUCUGUUACACAAGGCCGACCACGAAUAAAUGGAGUGCGUCUACAUGUUCAAUAAAGGGAUGA